GUAUUUAUCAUGCUAAACGCGAUAAUAACAUCAAAAAAGUCAAAGGAUUCUUGAUGUUAACUUCAAUCUAUUUAGAUAAUAAACGGACAAUUCAGGACAUGAAAUUAUUUGGAUGCUUUCAUUCAGAAAUGCGUGUUAAGAAAGAUAAUAAACAGACGAUUUGGUACAUGGAGUUAUUUGGAUGCUUUUGUUCAGAGUUGCGUGUUAAAGGUGG